AUGCGGGGCUGUCCAGACCUAGAGGCGGUGCUGUCCAGACCUAGAGGUGGUGUACGGCAGGAGCUCUCCGUGGCCUUGGCGCGAUGCCAGUCUGACCUCGAACCUGGGUGUCGCCUGGCUGAGCUGCAAGCGCGAGGACGCCGGCCUCUGACGCUGAUUGGCCGCUGGUCGUGUCCGGGCUGCCACUGCGAGCGCGACCACACCAGAGAUUUUAGAGAUCAGGGAAGUGUGCAGACGAAGCAUGAGGUGGUGACGAGCUUUCAGGGCAGCAAGCUGCCCUUUUUCAGCCACAAGCAGAUCCAGUGGGAUCACCCCAGCGAGAACCUGCAGAGCCAUAACAGUCGUGAUGCUCCCUCGCUCCAGUCGAAGCCUGUCUCGAGGGGAGGCAGGGCGUCGCGACGCCUGCGCGCGGCGGCGCCCUUGCAGCCCUCGGCCCGCCGCUCGGCAGUAGCGUCGCGGCGCGCAGCCAUGGGGCGGCGCAACGACUCGCUGGGCUGCAGCAACGACUACUGCGUGUCGGAGGACGAGUACCUGGCCAUGGUCGAGGAGCACGUGUUCCCGAGACGGUACGAGUGGGCGCUGGUCGCCAUGCACGCCGCAGUGUUCGUGGUGGGGCUGGUGGGCAACGCGCUGGUCUGCGUGGCAGUGUUCCGUAACCCCUCCAUGCGCACCGUCACCAACUACUUCAUCGUCAAUCUCGCCGUCGCCGACUUCAUGGUCAUCCUGUUCUGCCUGCCGCCGUCCGUGGUGUGGGACAUCACCGAGACCUGGUUCAUGGGCACGGCGCUGUGCAAGGUCGUGCUCUACUUCCAGACGGUGUCGGUGGCCGUGUCAGUGCUGACCUUGACCUUCAUCUCGGUGGACCGCUGGUACGCCAUCUGCUUCCCGCUGCGCUCCCGCGCGACCACGGGUCGCGCCAAGGUCGCCAUCUUCGUCAUCUGGCUGCUGGCGCUCGCCUUCGACGUGCCCGAGCUGGUGGUGCUGCGCGCCCAGCGCAAGGAGGGACUGCCGGCGGACACCCGCCUCCUGACACAGUGCGCGCCCUCCUGGAGCGGAGCCACUGACAUGGCCUUCCACGUGGUGAAGACCCUGGUGCUGUACACCGUGCCGCUGCUCUUCAUGGCCGCCGCCUACUGCCAGAUAGCGCGCGUGCUGUGGCGCUCCGACAUCCCCGGCCACAAGGAGACGGCCAGCCGCCUGUGCCGCCCCGCCCCGCACGGCCUGAAUUCAAGCCGACGCAGCAUGCUGUGCAGGGUCGCCAACACAACCACACAGGGACAGCUACAAUCGCGGCGCAAGGCAGCCAAGAUGUUGGUAGCAGUGGUUGUCAUGUUUGCGGUCUGCUUCUUCCCGGUGCAUCUGCUCAACAUCCUCAGGUACACUGUGACCAUACCGCAGACGGACGUGUCCACGGCGGUCUCCAGCCUGGCGCACUGGCUGUGCUACGCCAACUCCGCCGUCAACCCGCUCAUAUACAACUUCAUGAGCGGCAAGUUCCGCAAGGCGUUCCGGCGCACCUUCGGGCUGCGGUGGAGCCAGCAGCGCAACCAGCGCCACUCGCUCUCGCCGCGAGGCAGCGCCUGCGUGUGUCGCCACACCGCCACCGGAGACAGCAUGUGCACCGCGCGCUCUGAGGCUGUUCCCCUGCACUCCGUGGCUGUCUGCUGUCCCGACUGACAGCCUUCUGACAGACUUGCACGAGGUGCACAGAGCUUCAGGACAACAAAAAUUACAUGAUUGGAAAACUAGUCAAGAUAUCCGAGUGGGGUUUGUUUACGAAAAAGUUUUUAAGGAAUACGUGAGAGUUUAUAAGAAGUUUGGUUUCCAGAUUGAGUUUCUAAACGGUAUUUUUUUUAAUUUUUUUUUUUAAAUAGGCGUGUUUUCAGUGUAAUUUAAAGACAUAAAUACACCCGUAUAGAUUGUUUAAAGCACUUAAGGGACUUGCAUUACGCCUUUAUCUUAAUUUCUUCGUCAUCUAGUGUUACAGGUUGUGAGGAUCUCUCCUCCAACCUAUUUGAUGACCCAGCCUUCAUAUCCUAUAAGGAUGUCCAGGCUGAGGCCCCCAUGGGUCACAGUUGUCCUAUGGACGACGAGAAGCCCGCGCGCCAGUUCACAGCCUGCGCCCGGAGGCGACACCGCGCUAGAAGCAUCCCGCCUGACACAGACACGCCCCUGGCACCCGAGCUGCAGGAACAACACGCCACCUGCUGCGCCGGACUCUCUGGGCAGGACGCUAAUGGGAGUCACGUGGAGCGGCAGGGGAGGGGCGGGCGCUACCCCUCCUGCAGGGGGCGUGCCGGCUGCCUGGCCGGUCCCGUCGCUAGCGUCCUCGUAACAAUAACCUGUCACAAAAUAAUUAACUAUUAAAUACUGAUUGAGAA